CAGCUGUGAUUGUAAGUAAAGAAAGAGACAGCUAUAGUUCUUCGAUGUUUGUUUUGUUUGGUUGAACAGCUGGUUUCGUUGCUUUGAUUAAUGCAGCCGGAAUUUUUUUGAUAGUGGUUCGUGUAUAGUUUUAUUAAAAAGUUUGUUAACCACAAAAACCAAUAAAAUGUGUAAAUUAUUUAUCAACAAACAAAACUUAAGAGUUUUUAGUGGUUUGCGUGCUAAUUAUAAAUUCAAAAAACUACUUAACGAGUGGGUGAACGUAAAUUUACGGAUAAGAAAUGCUUCGAGUUUGGAAAGCGCAACAGCGUUAGAUAACAAAGAAAAGUCAGUUGAUAAUCUAAUAGAAUUUAAUGGUAAAUGGCCGACUGAUGAGCAGAAGAAUUUCGUUAAAGACUUGCGAAUCAUUAAAGAUUUUAUUAGCGAAGAGGAGGAGUCCAAACUAUUUGAAGAAAUUGAACCAUAUAUGAAACGGUUGCAUUAUGAAUUUGACCAUUGGGAUGAUGCUAUACAUGGUUUUCGUGAAACUGAACGCAAGCAGUGGUAUCCACAUAAUCGUCAAAUACUAGAACGAGUACGUCAAGUAGCUUUUGAUGGUGCCAUAAUGCCUUAUGUGCACAUCUUGGACUUAGCAGAGAAAGGUGUGAUCAAACCGCAUGUUGAUAGUACGAGGUACUGUGGCACAACGAUCUCUGGUAUGAGUUUGCUCUCCAAUUGUGUAAUGCGUUUGAUACGCGUUGAUGAAACAAAAUAUAGGCAAACAGCACAGGAUUCAGAAACUACCGACUGCGAUAAAACUAAACCAGCUACCCAAAAUGAAAGUACAGAUGAUUCCUAUCGCAACCAACCAAAGGCAACAAUAGAAAAUAAUUUUUAUGCUGAUGUAUUGUUACCCAGAAGAUCGCUGUAUAUUAUGAGUCAUUCUUCCCGCUAUAAUUUUACACAUGAAAUUCUCUCCAAUGAGUUCUCCAAAUUUAAUGGCCAGCCGAUACGUAAGGGACGUCGAAUAUCAAUUAUUUGCCGAAAUGAACCUUAAUAGAAGUCUUUUUCAAUAGUUGUCAUUUUUGAUAAUAUGUAUGUACAAAUUUCUAUAUAUAUACAUAUAUAUAUAUAUAAUAGUAUCUACAUUACUAUUUAUUCCUUGUAAAUUUUGUAUUUUAG